AUGAGUCUUCCCAUGGAUUCAUCCAAGGAGGAUAUCAGGAAGCAGUAUCGACGCCUGUGUCUGCUCUGGCAUCCCGACAAGAGCGGUGAAGAGUCUGAGAGCGACAGGGCUCGCUUUGAGGAGCUUCAGAUGGCCCAUCGGUUUCUGCUGGACGACAACCAGCGAGAGGAGUACGACUUCGGACUGUGGAAGGACCGACCAGUAAGGCAUCACACGAAGAAGCGGGACAAAGUGAGGGAUUCCUGGGACGACCGCAAGCCCAGCGAAGAAGAGGAAGAUGCCCCGCGACACCACUACAACUGGGGUGACAGGCAUCUGAUUGAAGAUGACAAGGUCCAGACCUCGAGUGCUAUGCAACAUCUGGAUGCAGACAUGCUUGGGGCUGGGCAGCCCGAAACAAAACAAGCAAAAACGGGCUUGUGCUUGUAUUGA